AUGUCUAAAAACAAAGAUAAAAAAAAAACCAGUCCUAACGCACGCACCCCCGUAUCACAGUUUAAAAGUAGCAAACAACGUUCAAAAGGUUUUAAAAACAAGCUGGAUAACGAAGGUAUCGCAAAAUCAAAACAAUUAGUACAAAAAAUUAAAACAAAUAGAAGUUUCACCAAGUCUAGAAUACGUACAGCUAACGACAACGGGCAAAGACUCUGCGGCAACGGCAAACCGAUGCCGUCCCUAGCAGAUCUCGAGAAAAUGUUUGAUGAUUCUGAUGAUGAUGCUGAAGAAACGAAGGUAAACAACACAAAUUUAGCCUCUCCUGAAACGAAGAGUGACACAUGUUCAACCCCGAUCAUUACAGAAGCCAAACUCAAAUCACCAGAUACUAUCAAAAAAAUUGCUGACAAAAUGCUAGAUUUUAUUUCAAAUUUACCUGAUCCUGUGGUGCUUCUUAACGAAGGCCCUCCUCCACCUGUGAUUCCACAAAAGAAAAGAAAAAAAUCAGGUAUACCUUAUAUUGUGGGAAACACAGAACGACCUCGAGUGCCAAGUAAGCCAACAACAAACUUCUGCAAAGGUGAUGCGGAUUAUGGCAUUAAUUUAAAUGAUGUUGAUACUGAUGAAGAUGAGCAUCCUAAGCAGAGAGCAAAACGAACAAAAACUGCAAAGUAUUCAAAAUCUAUAUUUAAUGCUAAAAGUGACGAAAUAGCUGCAACGUUAAAGGAAUUUGAUGAUGCUAAUAGUCAUGGAAGUUCCGAUAGUAAUAAGACUGUUGCUUAUGAGUACUUCUCCCCAAUAACUUGUGGUAGGCCUCAAUCAUUUUCCCCACUACCUAGUACAUCAAAAGACAAUGAAACAAUCCAUAAAAAUGAUAUUCGUUUCAAUGAAAGUUUUGUUAAUCAAUCUCUAUCAGAGGAAACUGAUGAUCUUGAAAUAAUCAACCAACCAUCUGAAACUAUAAUAAUAGAUGAUUUCACAGAAUUAAGAAAACCAAGUACAGCUUUUACUUCGGAAUGUAUUAUGAUUAAUGAUAGUGCUCCUUCUGAAAUCAUUAAUAAUGAUAAUGUAGCAAGUAAUUUGUCGCAUAUUGACUGUACAGAUGAUAGCAUAGAAAUUAUUGAAAAUAACCCUUCCAACAUAGAUGAUUCUGUUAUUCCAGUAGAUGACUAUUACUGUUCUUUAGACUUAAGCCAACCUAAUAACAGUGAUAUCAUAGAAGUUAUAGAUGUAGAUGAUGUGAUUGCAGAAAAUAAAGCUGUGAUUGAGAAGUAUUGUAAAUCAAAUUAUAAAAAUCAUGUUACUUUAGUAGACACAAUUCAAUCGAAUAAUAUUGAAACUCCAGUGAGAUGUGUCAACAUUGACGAUAGUACAGUUGAACCUGUCAUUGAAGUAACUGAGCAAGAGAUUUUAAGUCCAAGAAUGAAUGAAUCACUUGCAAGAUUAAUAACAGCAGCAAGACAAAAUAUAUUACCUAACUGUAAUGUUCUUAGCACAGUUACUGUGGCUACAAAUCUAAAUGAAGCUAAUAGUGAUAGUGUAUUUAGGAACAUCUUAAAUUCUAAUGACGCAGCUUCUGCUAUGUUGCAAUGCAGUAAACAAAAUUGUCAAUCUCAUGAUCAUCAGAAAGAAAUGUGUAUCCUUUCAUUUUUUAAGUCCAUGAAUGACAUUGCAAAGAAAUAUCAAAAUAAUAUGAACAAUAUUCAACAAGUAGUGUCAUCUCCCACACCAUCACAAAUGGAAACUAAUACUAAUCCAGCCCCAACGUCAAAGGGACUCGGAGAUUGUCCUAUUUGCAUGGAGAGUCUUUUAAAUGUUGCAGUAGCAUCAACAAGGUGUGGUCAUGUUUUUUGUAUGAGCUGCAUAAGUGCAGCACUUACAGUAAGUGGCAAAAGAUGUCCUACCUGUAGAAAACCAUUGAGAGGAAAAGGAUUUCAUCAAAUUUUUCUGUGA